AAGGGAACAAACAAACAGGUCUGAUGGACAUCCACUUUUGAUGGAUCAUGGGACUGCAAGGCCCUGACUCGACUUUCUCCAUCACGAAUCCGGGGCAGACACAAGGGUUCCUUGAACUACCCCAGACUUUUACCAAGUCCUCGUUCCUGAGGGGAAAUAAAACGAAGAAAAGCGAUUGCUACUUAGCUAUCGAGACCCGACAAGACACCAUGUUCCUUUCGACGAAAAUGAACGCCUUCACGCCCUCUUCGCUGGCCCAGCGCAGCCGCCUUCUGCUACGGAAUGCCCAUGCCUCACCCGCGCUCGGAACCCCAAGAAUCUCUAGACAGAGCUACACUACGGGCCAAAAGCCAGCUGGGAAAUCCGGAAACUUCAAGGCCACAGGCGAGCAACCUAAGCGGGUUGACCCGAACAGUCCCGAGUACAAGGCCUACCAGAGAACUUGGACAACCGUCAUGAUCGGGACACCCAUCAUCCUUGUCUGCUCAUAUGAGCUCUGGCAAAGGCUUAUUGAGGGCAAGAAGCCUCUUUCUUUAGAACCCAAAGAUACGACAGCCCUCACAGAAUUGACACCACACUCGGAGAACCCAAGCACAAGAGCAUAAGGUAUCUGAGUUCUUGUUUGCUUUGACCGUCAUCAAUACAUAAUAUUUUGGUCAUAGUCGCGUUGGCCUUCCUUAACAUCGUGUGGCGUUCAACCAAGCCCAUGCAGGACUCAAUGGCCCUGCUGGCGCCGCGGUGCUAGAUACCCGUGCCGUUUCGUUGGUUUACUCCAGAUAAAAAUCAUUCUACAACUGUUCAGUGCAGCCUUCGAUACUUGCCCUCCCCCCCAAAAACCGUCUUCGCAUCCAUCCAUGGAUGGCUACUGCGGACGCACAGCCGGAAACGAGAAAGACAGGGGAGAGCGUCGACCUUUUUAUGCAGGUUCGCAGGAUAGCUUGUUGCCGUCAAGAAACUGGCGCCUCCUCUUCCCCCAAUUUCGCGCCCUAGCUCCCCGCAAACCCACGCUCGAAGCCGGCAUGCCGGGUAUCAUACAUAGCGGGCCUCGGAUGAAAGCGGCGGGUGGGGUAGCUUCGUUCUUGGGCAAACAAGUGCUUGGGUGCUUUGCCGAGCGGCGCCUCCGAGAGAAUGGAGAGUGCUGCACGAGGACGUAGUUGCAGGUACGGCACAUGACGAUCCUUGCGGCUCCCCUAGACUAUCGUCGACUAUCCAAGCGAACAAAGAAAAGGCUUUGGGGGUUCGUACCGUCUCAUCCGCCUCUCAAGAAAUUGGUCACACUCAGCAGGUGUCUAGACUGCUCCGUAAUCAGUCAUAACUAUGGCGUACCUGUAUCACAUUAAUAAUGGCUUUGACGAAUGGCGACAGUCCAAUUGCCUCUCAGCUCUGGCCAUCGGCGUUAACUA